CUAGAGGUGGAGGAGGAGGAGGAGGAGGGCGGGAGAGUUCCCGCAGAACUCCCUACAGCUCUGGAGUGGGCAGGGUCUACAUGCAGGCUCACCCUGCUGAGCCUACUCCUGGACACGCUCCUGCCCCAGGUCAUGGUCCAGCCCAUGCAGGCCUUACCCAUACUCAAGCCCCUCCGCCCACCUGGGAGAGGGCCGGCACCUUCUCAGAGCAGGAGAGGAUGAUGAACCUGGAGAACCACCGGCGGGCCCAGGAGAGGACGAUGACAGGGGGCCUCAGAGGAGCCAGCAACAGGCCCCAGGAUCAUGCCCAUGACCCCUCCAUCCAGCAGCUCAGCCAUCCUCCAUCCAGGGCCUCCUCCAGAGAAUCCUACAGCGUGGCGGCCAUCCCCAGCUCCCCUCGUACGGCCCGCCGGGCCUCCCUGCCCUCUACACGCUACGGAAUCUCCCCCGGGGACCUGUUCAUCGAGCAGCAGGCUCAGGCCAUCCUCGGCAGACAGGGGUCUCGUCUGAGUCCAACCGAGCUACAGAACCCAGAAGCUGACGAAGAGAAGCUUGAUGAGAGAGCUAAGAUGAGUGUGGCUGCUAAGAGGUCACUCUUUAGGGAGCUAGAGAGGACAACAGAUAGCGUCCCCAAACCGCGGUCCCGUAACCCUGCCGUGGAGAGGCGCCUGAGACGAGUCCAGGACCGUGCGCGCACACAGCCUAUCACCAAUGAGGAAGUGGACAUCGCUCACACUGUCCCUGCUAUGUCCUCACAAUUGGUGACGGUCCACACCACAGUAGCACGCAUCCCCAGCCCCACUGUAGUCAACACCACCAUGACCAGCCUGCAGGAGGCAUCGCAGCAUGGCUCUAUGGUGCGGAGUAUGGGGGAGCAGGACAAGAAGAAAGAAAGGGAGAGGGAGGCCCAGCCUGAGGAGAAAAUGGAGGGCCUGGGUCCAGAUGAGCCUGACCUCUCCACUCUCAGCCUUGCAGAGAAGAUGGCCCUGUUCAACCAGCUGUCCCAGCAGCCCUCCAAGCCUGCUGCAGAGGGGGCCGGGACCUCCAGGGGUGACACCCGCCAGCGCAGGGCCAACACCCGCUUCCAGACCCAGCCUAUUACCCAGGGAGAGGUGGAUCAGGAGAUAGAUCCUAUGGUUACCUCUCUUCCUCCUCCUCCGUUGACUAACAGAGAACAACUGCAGAAUGGAGGAGGAGGGGUCAAGCUGGAGCCGCUGUCUGCCUCUUUGGUCCGCUCCGUGGCAGCUGUCACCUCCCAGGUCUCAGUCGCCGAGGUAACCACGGCGACUUCCAGCGACAGCAACAUCCACCUUGGGAAAUCUAUGGCCGUCCCCUACAACCCCCCCACCACCACCCAGGAGAGGGGAGGGGUGAGGUACUUCAGCCUGACCAAGGGCGGAGACUCCUCCAGUUUCCCUGAACCAGAUCUGUACUCCCCAGGCCCUCCCCUUUCAGAGCAGCAACAGCAGCAGCAGGCUCACAGCAGAAGUGCCAGAGAGAGAGGAGGAGACAGAGGCGGAGCUCCUGGAGCCGGUCGCUCCUUCACUGGCAACAGAGAGAGAGAGGAGGAGGAGGAUGUGUGGGGAGGAGGGGCCAGCAGAGAGGAGAGGGAGAGCCAUGGUAGUAGUGGUGCUGGAGGCAGCAGCAGUAAGGGAAGGCUCCACUCCCCCGACAGGGACAGCAGACAGCAGAGCUAUCAGCCCCCAGCCCCAGAGCCCCAGCCAUGGCACGCCAACAGUAGCCAGCGGGAGUCCAUCGACCCUCCCUCUUUGAGGCACGGGAGGGGUGAGUUGCUGGUGGAGCCCAGCCAGCACAGAGACAGAGAGCGAGACAGAGAGAAAUACGGCAGUAGCAGCAGCAUCUCCCUGGAGAAGAAAGAGCACGGGAGCUACCUGGGAGAGACACACAGCUCAGAGAGACACACAGAGCUGCAACACACAGCAGACAGAGAGAGCACACGGAGCAGCAGGAGCAGGGAACUCCUCUCAGACACCGAGCACACCAGUGUGUCAUUGAGAACUGUGACAACAGCGGCAGCGUCUAGGAGUGUCUCUCACACCUCCAGUACACAACAGCAACAGCAGCAGAUCCAGUCUUUGAACCAGCCUCCCCAGACACUGCCCAAGCUCCACACCCAGUCUACCCCACAAACCCAGCCCCAGGAAAACUCCCAACCUCCCCAGCCCCAGCACUUCACCCAGGCACCUCCAGCCCAAUCCCAGCCCAAGCACCAGGAAAGGGAGAGGAGCUUCACCCAGCCACUACCCAAGCCUUACUCUCAGCUAACACCUCAGACUCAACCCAAACCCCAGUCCUUAUCCCAGCCUCCUCCUCCCCAGACCGCCCCCCAGACCCUGCCCAAGCCCACGUCCUUCCCUCAGCCGCUGGUCAAGUCUCAGUCCCUACCUCUGGACUACAGUGACGACUUCACAGGACACGGUGUCUCCGACCUCCUCUCCCCCACUGAAACAGAACUCUCAGAGAUGUCCGCCAAACAGAUGUCCAUCAAAGAAAGGCUGGCCCUGUUGAAGAAGAGUGGUGAAGAGGACUGGAGGAACAGGAUCAAUAAGAAGCAGGAGGUGGUAAAGGUGGCUGUGACUGAGAGACACUCCACAGUACAAGGACAGGGAUGGGAGGCAGAGCAGACCUACAAGAAGAAGGAGGAAGGGAUGGUUAUUGAUGAGUUCGCUGCUGUCACUGUGUCUGACCAGCUGUGGGAGCCUGUCUAUUCCUCCACAUAUUUUCCUCCCAUCUCCCUUGGCCAUAAGUGCCAAGUUAUUGACCCUCAUAGUCAGAGGAUGGGAGAGGAGAUGGAGAACCAGGCUCAGAUGUCCAUAGAGGAGAGGAAGCAGAUGAUCUCAACACGGGAGGAGUCCUGGGUGUCUAAAGGCAAGGGGGUGGCCAACGACUCUACCCAGUACACUGUGGCUGCACGCAUGGUCAAGAAAGGUCUGGCAGCCUCCUCCUCAGUCAUCAGCCCCAUCCUGUCUCCUGUCUCCACCAAACUCAAGAGCAACGUGCCUACCAUCAAACCGCAGGAGGAAAUCGAAGCCAGACCAGAGAUGAACUUGGAGUCGGAUAAAAAGCUGGAUAAAUUGGAGACAUUUUUGGGACAUCUGAACAGUAAAGUGGCAGGUCUUCAGGAGACCACCCUGACAGUGACAGAGAAGGCUGUGAAGGAGGUGAUGAGGAUGGAUGAUGAGAUCUUCUCCAAGUUCUACCGUCACGUGGCUGACUUCCCACGCAUGCCCAGCAGAAUCGAGAUCGACGAGGACUUUGACGCCAUCUUCGGCACUCAGGUGCCCAAGUUGACCUCAGCCAUAGCGCAGCACAAACGAGCAGUGAGACCAUCUAGGAAUGUCCAGUCGUCUAAGAACCCGCUGAAGAUGCUGGCGGCCAGGGAGGACAUCAGACACGAGUACACUGAGCAGAGACUCAACAUCGGCCUCAUAGAGAGCAAGAGGAUCAAGGAUGAGAAGAUGAAUAAGACUUCGGAGUACUCGGAUGCAGCCCUGGCUGGACUGGCAAGUAAGGAGAACUUCAGCAAUGUGAGUCUGAGGAGCGUCAACAUCUCAGAGCAGAUGUCCAACAACAGCGCUGUGCCGUACAAGAACCUCAUGCUGAUGCAGGUCAAAGGCCGCCGUCACAUCCAGACCAGACUAGUGGAGCCCAGAGCCUCGACCCUGAACAGUGGCGACUGCUUCCUCCUGGUUACUCCUCAACACUGCUUUGUCUGGAUGGGAGAGUUCGCGAAUGUCAUCGAGAAAGCCAAAGCUUCUGAGCUGGCAUUGUUUAUCCAGACUAAGAAGGAUCUGGGCUGCAGAGCGAGCCAGAUCCACACCAUCGAGGAAGGGGUCAACCCCCAGAGCCCUGCAGCCACAGAGUUCUGGAAGAUCCUGAGAGGACAGCAGACCUACCAGUCUGCCGGGCCACCGGAGGAGGAUGAGCUGUUUGAGAGUGCCAUCGUGGAGACUAACUGUAUCUUCCGUCUGCUGGAUGACAAGCUCGUUCCUGAUGAUGACCAGUGGGGGAAGGUUCCUCGCAGCACACUACUGGAGUCCAAAGAGGUGUUGGUGUUUGACUUUGGCAGUGAGGUGUAUGUGUGGCACGGUAAGGAGGUGACUCUGGCCCAGAGGAAAGUAGCCUUCCAGCUGGCUAAACACCUGUGGAACGGAACCUUUGACUACACCUGCUGUGAUAUCAACCCUCUGGACCCUGGAGGAUGCAAUAAACUCAUACCCAGGAAGGGCCAGGGCCGUCCUGACUGGGCCAUAUUCGGUAGGCUGACAGAGCACAAUGAGACUACCCUGUUCAAAGAGAAGUUCCUGGACUGGGCAGACAUUAAGAAACCACAACCAAAGAACACCAAUGAGCAAGUCAGUGAGCAGAAAGAGACGCCGGGGUGGGAGUGCAGGCCGUAUGAUGCAGCAUUGAUGCUGCCUAUACUCCAGACAGCAGUCAGCACUGUGCUGGAUGGGUUGAAUGUGGGCCGAGGCCAUGGCUCUAUAGAAGGAGAGGACAGGAUGAGGACUCUAGAGAUCAGCACGGUGUCUGUGGAUGUCUGGCACAUCCUGGAAUUUGACUACAGCCGGCUGCCCAAGCAGAGUAUAGGCCAGUUCCAUGAAGGAGAUGCGUAUGUUGUGAAGUGGAAGUACAUGGUGAGCGCAGCAGUUGGGAGGAGGCAGAACCCGGAGCAGAGGAGUGCAGGCCCUGGCAAAGAAAAGUGCUCCUACUUCUUCUGGCAGGGACGGAACUCCACCGUGAGCGAGAAAGGAACGUCAGCACUGAUGACAGUGGAGCUGGAUGAGGAGAGAGGGGCACAGGUCCAGGUACAGCAGGGGAAGGAGCUCCCUUGUUUCCUCCAGUGUUUCAACGGGGGGAUGAUCAUACACUGUGGGAAGAGAGAGGAGGAAGAGGAGAACACACAGACUGAAUGGCGUCUGUACUGCGUGCGAGGGGAUGUCCCUGUAGAGGGCCACCUCCUGGAGGUAGUGUGUCACUGCGGCAGCCUGCGCUCCAGGAGCUCCAUGAUCCUCCUGAAUGUCAACAAGGCCCUCAUCUACCUGUGGCACGGCUGCAAGGCCCAGCAACACACACGCCUGGUGGGCCUCACCGCCGCACAGAGGAUCAAAGAACAAUGUCCGUUGGAGGCGGGGCUCCAUAGCAGCAGUAAGGUGACAAUCACCGAGUGUGACGAGGGAUCAGAGCCCACGGGAUUCUGGGAUGUUGUCGGAAAGAAAGACAGGAAGGCCUACGACUGUAUGUUGCAAGAUCCGGGUAAAUUUAACUUCACCCCUCGGCUGUUCCAUCUGAGCAGUUCUUCAGGGGAGUUUGUAGCCACAGAGUUCUUCCACCCCUCCAGAGCUCCAGACCUGGUCAGCUCUCUGCCCUUCCUACAGGAGGAUCUGUACCAAGCCUCCCAGCCUGCGUUGUUCCUGGUGGAUAACUUCCAUGAGGUGUACCUGUGGCAGGGCUGGUGGCCCCAGGACAGUGAGAGCCCCGGCUCCGCCAGGAUACGAUGGGACAUGGACAGGAAGUGUGCCAUGGAAACGGUGCUGCAGUACUGCAAAGAGAAGAAUGAGAAGAAGCCUCAGAAGUCGUAUCUGAUCCAUGCUGGUCUGGAGCCUCUCACAUUUACCAACAUGUUUCCCAGCUGGGAGCACAGAGAGGACAUCGCAGAGAUCACUGAGAGGGAGGCGGAGGUGUGUAACCAGAUCAUCUUGGUGGAGGAUGUGCUGGCCAGGCUGUGCCAGAACACCUAUCCCCUGGCUGAGCUGCUGGCACGCCCACUUCCUGAGGGCGUCGACCCACUCCGCCUGGAGAUCUACCUAUCAGACCAGGACUUUGAGAAAGCAUUGGACAUGAAGAGAGAGGAGUACGAAGGAUUACCAGGGUGGAAGCAAGUGAACUUAAAGAAAGCUAAAGGACUGUUUUAGUGUAAAGUUAACCUGAUGAUGGUUGUGGAGAGAAAAAUUAAUUCAGCAACUCUUGGACGACAGUGGAAGUUUAUAAAAAUGCUUCUUUAUUGUUAAAACGAAUGCGUUUCGGCUCCUAGCCUUCAUCAGGUUGGUUGUGGAGAGAGGACACAGAGACUGUUGACAUGAUGGAGGGCACCAGGCUGUGUCCCCCAGAACUUCCUUCCCAGCGAUGUGACUGAACCCCAGUAGUGGCUGGUGACACUUUAAAUCAGUGGAUGGUCUCAUAUUUUCAGUUGAAUGGAAUCAAUGGAAAGGUAUCCAACUCAUGGUUUCCAAGAGUUUGAUACAAUUCCAUUCACUCCCUUCCAGCCAUUAUUAUGAGCCAUCCACCCCUCACCAGUUUCCUCUGCUGAACACACUCUCAGGGACAGCUUCUCUGAGUGGGUCACAGGGGGAAAAAAAUGAAAGGAGGCUGGGGUGGAGGAUCUGCUGAGGUGUGCUAGCCUCAUGUAGCAUCGUGUUUUUACCUUUCAGUUAUGUAACUAUGUAGGAAAAUGACAAUUCUGCUAAGCACAUUGUAUACGAGUGGCUUUAUCAGGUACUGUACAAAGCAGGACCUGCACUCUCUCUCUCUCUGCUUCAUACUGUACUACUGUGUAUGUAUGUACUGUAAGACAAGUCUCCACUUAUUAUGACACCGCUCAUGCCAUAUGAAGUGAAGAGGAAAUUCAGCAACUCUUCGAGGACAGUGGAAGUUGAUAAAAAGGCUUAUUUAUUGUUAAAAUAAACCAACGCGUUUAAAAUUGGUCCGUAGCCUUCAUCAGGGUUUAACAGAUAGAAGAAUUAAGGAGGCCAGCGUUUCAUGCCAUGGACAUUUGAAUGACAUACACACUGAUGUGGUCUCUGGGUGUGAUGUUUUAAAUGUUGUGUGUGUUUGUGAAGUAUUUAGAAGAAUUUGUAUUUAUGUAAAAAAUAAAAAAUAAUAAAAAAUAUUGUAGGAGGACAAUGUAUUGAACUUGAAAGUAUUGUGUAAUAUGUCAGUAGGAGUGUUUUUUUUUUGUAUGCACCUUUUUGUUUCGCGUUCUCAAAUAUGGUAUUUGCCAGGGGCUGUCAUAAUGACAUCUAAGCUUUACAGGUACCUGAGAAAUGACAAACGGUUGUAUUUUUAAAGGCAUGGAAUUCUUCGUGAAAAAAACUUGAUGAAUUUUGAAUGUAUAGUGCCUUGCUUUUGUGUACAGUUUAUAUACAGAAAUUCUAGUCUGCAUUUCGAAGACUUUCUUUGUGAUAAAAUAAAUGGUAAAUAAACAACAAUGAAAAUCCCAAAAUCCAAAUAGAUGUUAGUUUGUAUUAAUUUGAGUGAAUCUCAGUUGUAUUUUCUUGAAUACUCACAUUCUCCCUCCUCAUCUCUUUUUCCAAAUCUCAUUGGAGAAGAAGAUCUGUGGUUCCUCCCCUCUGACCUUAUCCUCCAAUGUGUUUUGAGAAAGAGAUGAGGAGAGGAUGCAAGGAAUCUAGGGGAGAUUGGGAAAAAGUCUGUCCUCUCCUCGACUCCUCGACCUCCUCUCCGUGACCCGGAAACCGAUGUGGUCGAGGAGGGUGUCAAUUUGUUAGUAGGUGAACCGAGGAGUAUGUUUCCCUCCUCGAUUACUUAGUUCAGCAGAGGAUGCACAAGAGUAUCCUACCAGGACCUAGCGCGGAAGUGUUUUAAAAUCUGCCACAUCCCCUCUCAAAGGAGAAAAGCAUGCAUACAUUUAAAAACAAUAUGCUACUUAUCUUUUUAUCUAUAAAAUGUAUUGCACAACUAGCUAACACAUUACACAUUUAUUUUGGGAUUCCACCCCUGUAAACAUAAUUUGCCUGAUGACAUGCAAGAGUCUAAUUUCAUUUGUUUCCACGUUGCCUCUCCUCGCCGCCUCUCCUCGAUUACCUUUGACCUUUUUCAAAAGGAGGCGGAGAGGACGGAGGAGAGAGGCGAUAGGAGACGAGCAAACCAAUUGAGAUUCUCCCUAGGAAAUACAAUUGAGAUUCACUCUAAAACUUGCUUGACUUUGUAGCGGUUUGUCUUAUGCCCAGCAGAUGGUGCUCUUUGUCCUCAGACUGUUCAGGCCAAACAUCCCUUAAAGCCCCCAUGCAGUCUUUCUUAUUUUUAAAUCAUCACUGUAUGUCUAAUAAAUCCCUGUGUGUGUUUAUUUUAUGAAAAUGACUACAAAUAUAUAUUUUUAUCAUUUAUUUCCCUGAGCCUCCUUUAGCCAUUGAAAUGCACAGUCUGAUCGUGUGGGCGUGUUGAUAGAAAUUGUAAUAUAUUUACAUACACAGCCCUGAUUGGCGAAUAAGAUAAUCUACACUCUAGAGUACCCCUUCAAAGUAGGAGGAUACAUGUGCAAAUAAAAGAUGACUGGUCAGAA